AUCCCACCUUCCUAUUUUAUCUUUCUAUAAAUAGGUCUAUCAAUCCAUCACCUUCUCCAACACUCCAUAGAAUAGAGAUCAUCAAUAUGAAGUCUAAAGUGUCCAUCUCGAUCCAACUUCUGCUGUUACUGCAAUAUCUGUCAGAUCUCUCUGUUUCUCAGGACUUCGAUUUCUUCUACUUUGUUCUUCAGUGGCCAGGAUCAUACUGUGACACGCAGCGAAGUUGUUGUUACCCAACAAGUGGGAAGCCUGAAGUAGAUUUUGGCAUUCAUGGACUCUGGCCUAAUUACAACGAUGGCUCAUACCCAUCAAAUUGUGAUCCUAAUAACCCUUUUAACCAAUCUGAGGUAUCAGAUCUGAUAAGCAGUUUAGAGAGGAAUUGGGCAACACUGGCAUGCCCAAGUGGUAACGGAAUACAAUUCUGGACACAUGAAUGGGACAAACAUGGCACCUGCUCUGAGUCUCUCCUUCACCAACACGACUACUUUGCUUCAGCUCUCAACCUCAAGCAACAUGCCAACGUCCUCCAGGCUCUCUCCAAUGCUGGAAUAGAAGCAGAUGGAGGGUCUUACAGCUUAAGCAACAUUAAAGAUGCCAUAAAGGAAUCAACUGGUUUCGCUCCUUUCAUAGAGUGCAAUCAGGACUCUUCUGGAAACAGUCAGCUUUAUCAAGUUUAUUUGUGUGUUGACACUUCUGCCUCUAACUUCAUUGACUGCACUGUCUUCCCUGCCUCCAAGUGUCUAUCUCAUAUUCACUUUCCUUCUUUCUGAUUCUUAUUUCCUUUUCUUUUCUCCCAAAGAAGGUUUGCUUCUGUAUUAAAGGAAGUUAUAUUGUGAGAAAAUGGAUGACUGAUCACUAAGGAACUCUUACGAUUUUUAUCUCUCUUUUCCAUGUCUGAUGAAUUGGGCUUCAUUCUAUAACAGCCCUUUAUAGGAUAUAUAUAAUUAUAUAUCUUAUAAGUAUGUAAUUUCCUCUUCCAAAGUUGCUUUUGAUAUGUGUGCACUUAUCAGAUAUGUAAUUUUACUUGACCUUCUCCACGUCAUCAAGGAAUAUAUC